GCAGUGAUGAGCACCCAGUAGGCCUUAUGCAUCAAAGCAGCAUUAGUCGCAUAUGCAAGUGUUGUGCCGACCCGCUUAGUCAUCCCGCAUCGAAAGCUCUGAAAUUUUGGUGACGGCUUCGACGUACCACGCAUCGACGACCCCCCGUUGCGAUAUCCCAGGCGAUUCAAACUCCGUCGACACUCCCCGCACGGCCAGAGCCCUGCCUCUGACCAAUUGACCUUAUAUAGGGCUGAAGGUUCUGGGGCGGCUUGCAGGAUAUACACAAAGCAAUCCGACAGGACGAGCUAUCUAUGUUAUCGAAUCGGGUUCCCUAACGCCGUCGCUGAAUAUCUCUUCAACCCCUCUUAAUCGAAUACCGCAACCCCGAACACCGCUACCCCGAACACCCACCCCGCCGCCCAUCAUGCCGUCCAUCCUCAACGUCGCGAACAUGUGUUCGCAUCUGCAGAACGCCUCCAAGGCACGCCUAGGCAUCACCUCGGUCAAGAACUGCAAGUUCAACCUGCAUCUCGCCCUCGCCCUGCACCGAUCCGGCUUCUUCUCCUCCGUUUAUCGCGCGGGCCCCAACCCCCCGACCCCCGAGCAGAUGGUCUCGGCCGUCCCCGAGGUCGUCACCAACGCAAAUGUCGCCACCAUGCGCCUAUGGCUCGGCCUCAAGUACUGGGAUGGCAAGCCUGUCCUCUCCAACGCUAGGGCCAUCAGCACCCCCAAGCGUGUCAUGACUGCCGACAUCCAGGAGCUCGGCCGGUUGACGCGGGGCUUCCCGACCAAGCUCAAGGGCGGUGUGGUUCCUGGGUUGAAUUUGGGCGAAUGUAUGUUCGUCGCUACUUCGCGAGGUGUUCUGGAGGCUCGAGAAGCUGUGGCUAGGAAAACUGGUGGCGUCCUGAUGUGCCGUGUGUCAUGAGUAAAGGAAUCUGGUCUGCCGAGCGGGACUGGUUGUAGAUGAUAGAAUGCUUUAGUGCGACACGAUACUAUUGGAGCCUGUACAACUAGGAGCUGCCCUGGCAAGGGCAAUUAUGUAAAAUAUCUCAACAUGAAUAGAUGUUGGUCACCGAACUUAU